AUGGCAACGACCGCAAUUAACGGCGAAACGUCGAAAACAAAUGAUCAUGUUGAUCAAUCUCCAGACGAGAAGAGACGAGAAGAACCGCGACCAGACGAAACCAGUCAGCUAACUUCCCAUAAAGAUGUCCCUGCUACUACGAACACGACAGACUCUACCUCGAAUCAUCUGCCAUCCAGCCCUCCUGCCAAAAGUCACCAGGAUGGUGUAAUGCGUGCGGAACCAACGCAAUUCGGCCAAGCUUAUUCGGAAAGAAACCCACCUCCGAAUAUUCAGGCUCUCCGCGAGCAUGACCAGACACGUCAGGAAGCCUCUCGACGUUACUUUGAAGAAAAACACGACGAGCCUACUGAGCCAUCGAGACCAGAAGAGAAAAAGGACCCUACAGGCCAUGAAGAACCGACAACUUCCGACGACAAUGAGGCGAAAGCUGGUGCUACGGGGGAUGUUCCUAUCGGGGCCGAGAAAAGCAAUGUUUUGUUUAAUCCAACACCUCAGGUCGACUUCGAUCAGGUUUUCAAGACGCUCCAUGAUGAUGCUAUGCAGGUGUCGUAUGUAGUAGCUGGCUCAAUUCUUGCUUUAGACUGGCUUUUUAUCGGAGGUGGGUCUAAAGGAUUGUUGAAAUCGCUAUUUCCAGCGCUCGGUGUAGCAAUCGCUGUCUUUUAUCUCCUGAGUGGCGUAGGACAAAAAGCAGCCGAUAGGAAGGUGCAAAAAGCUGUCCCUAAAAUUGAAAAGCUACGAUAUGUUCCAGAAUCAGUGGAAUGGAUGAACUCGCUUGUAGAUACAUUAUGGCACACCCUGCAGAAAGACUUUUUUGACAACAUAGCCUCUCAAGCCAAUGAUACAAUCAAGCCUUAUAUCCCAGAAGGAGUCCCUGCAACUGUCAAAAUCACUGAACUCGGUCACGGCUGUCAAUCAGCUAGGGUUCUGUCUAUGAGAUCUCUUCCCGACUCUGAAUUUGGGGAUUUGGUACCUACACAUGGUCUUAACAAAUCUGGCUCCAGCAGUGAGGCCCAAGAACGCGAAAAGGCAAUUGAGAGAGAAGAGGGCGGGGUUUUUUAUAAUCUGGAAAUUGCAAUCGCCUAUCACGAAGCUCCUUUCCGAUCUCGAAAAGAGCAAAUGCAUGUCGAUAUACUUGCUACUGUUGGACCAGUGCUACUACCUAUCUUUGUUCAGGUCAAGGAAUUCGUGGCUACUAUUCGACUUCGGCUUCAAAUGCACCCAGAUUUGCCUUUUUUGAAAAACAUUACUUUCGCACUUACCGAAAACCCAAAGAUAAAUACCUCUGUAUCACUUGGCGCACCAUGGGCCCUUGAUCUUCUCAACCUGCCGAUAAUAGACAGUCUCUUGGCUUCUCAAAUUGAUCAAGCUGCUGCUGACUUUGUGCAGCCCAAAUCUAUGAGUUUGGAUAUGACAGCUUACGUGGGCGGCUCUGAUCAGAUGGAAGAUACAGAAGCUAUUGGAGUUCUUUUUGUCAAAAUCCACCGAGCGCGAAACUUGGCUCGUCAAGAUACAAGAGGACCCGGUGCCGAUCCAUACUUGACGAUCGCUUUCAGCAAGUACGAGAAGCCGAUGUAUGCAACUCGUAUAAUCAAGGGUGAUCGGAAUCCAGUAUGGGAGGAAACAGCUAUCAUCAUGAUUCGUGCAGAGCAUGUAAAGCGUCAAGAAAAUGUACUUUUGCGGUUAUGGGAUUCAGAUACAACUGGCUCUGAUGACGUUUCUGGUGUAUGCGAAUUUCCCUUGAAAGACCUCAUUCUAAACGCCAAUCAAAUGGAAAAACGAGAGGACAAGCUGCAGGGUGAUGUUUCUGGUACUGACGCUGAAGGCGUGCUUGAAUGGGAAAUUGGGUACUUUCCAAGAGCUGAGUUUGAAAAGGCUUUACGAACAGAUGCCAUGGAUCCUCGGGACCACCAUGGAGAUACGAUAGAGGUAGCGGAAGAGGAAAAGACACAGAGUGCCCAAAACACCGUACCGGAUCCGAAUUUACCCUCUGGAAUUUUGGGAUUGACUAUCCAUCAGUGUAUCAAUGUUCAAGUUGAUAAUCCUGGCAAGAAGUCAAUGGGAAAUGUCAAAACUAGACGCCAAGAUUCCGACGGAGAACUGAGUAGCUCGGAAGAAACCAUCGACGUUGAAUAUAUCCCAUCGCUUUACGUGUCGGCCGAUAUCAAUGACUUGUUGAUAUACAGAACCAGAGUGAAGAGUAUCACUUCGGCACCAACGUUUAAUUCCAACACGGAGACAUACAUACGAGACUGGCGACUCGCUACUUUGACACUCUCAGUCUGGGAUACAAGAAAGAAGAAAGACGAUUGCCUUGUUGGAGUAGCGUCUCUCAAAUUGUCCGACAUCUUUCACAAAUCCUCUUCGGUAGUCAAAUUUUACGACCUGAAAGGUGGAGCUGGUACCGGCCGAAUCCGGGUGAGCAUGAUUUUCAGGUCCAUGAGAAUGAAGCUUGAGGAAUCGUUGCUUGGAUAUUCCGUCGGCUCAUUCGUAUUCUCAUCGCCCAUCUCGUGUACCGGAGAUAUGUAUACCAAGAGACUCAGAUUGCGAUCGUCUGCCACGACGCGAGCUAUUAAGAAUGGUUCCAAGUCGGAUGCCGAUUAUACGUGGAACCUUGAGGAUUCGCAAAACAUACUCCCAGUACACUACCGAUACAUGAGUGCUAUCGUGUUUGAAUUUAUUGGUGCUGGGUUAACGGAGAAGUUGAAAGGGCCCCUCGGCAAGAAUAAGCACUAUGCUGUGCUCUGGCUGUUCACACUUAUUGACAACAAGGAAGAGAAUUUCAACCUUCCGAUCUACCAUACCAACAACCCAGACCGGCUGAUUCAGAACGUGGUUGAUGAAUCUGACGAUCAUAUGGAAUUAACAGAAGUCGGCAGGGUAAAGUUUAGCGGGAAGUUCAAGGCUGGGCUUGAUGAGGCACAUGGCGAGUUUCAGAAGGAUCAUGACCACUGGAGCACGUACCAAGCUUGGUUGGCUGCUAGAAAGUCUGGACAACGUCAGGAUCAAACCAAUCGAACGACUAAUAAGUUGAAUGAUGAGUUAGCAAAGGGGAUUAAGAAAAGUCAAUCGAUUCAUGUAUAA